AUGAGUUUCGCCGAACCAACAACUGUCGCCCCGGGUGGCCGAUACGCCGAGGCCAUCCUGGCCGAGGAGCGGUUGAACAAUGCGACCCCACGAGCUAGUGACUUCAUGGACGACGAAGACAGCCUUACAGAGGAUUCCAAGAAGGAAGCGAAAAGCAAGAAGCGUAGCUUGUUCGGAUUCGGGAAGAAGAAGACCCCCACCACCAAGAAGUCUACGGACGCCUCGAAAUCCGAUACUCGAUCGCAGUCGCCGCCAAACUCAAACUCGGCCACCACAAGCCCGCCUACCCUGUCCCGCGAUGCGUCGAAGCUCUCUGCUACUCAGUCUUCAACCUGGGCCACCCAAGGAGAGCAAUCAUUCGUCUUGCCCUCGUCCCCCAGCCGCGGGUUCAGCGGCUCCCCACGCCUUUCAUCGCCUGCCACCUCGCAGAUUUUCGAGCGCGAUGUCCAGGAAAGCACUAUCCUGAGCCCCAAUUCCCCGGCGAUCCCCACACAUAUUCAGACCGAAAACUAUAUCCCCUCGGUUCUCGAUGAUGCUUCUGAGGCCAUCACAAACCGGGAGCUUGACCCGGACACGGUAGAGAUUGUGACGCACAGCUCGCAUCAGCCCGCCGCUGUGACGAUCAACCAGUACGACCAAACGGCUAGCGAAUGGGCCGCAGAACUCGCUUCUUUUGCUGAUCGAGAUACUGGCUUGACCGAUAAUGCCUCCAACUAUGGGUCCCUGGACUCCUCUGACGUUCGUCGAUUAUCCUUCAUCUCGUUUGCCGAUGUCGUACAAGCCGAGCAUGGGUCUCAUUCAGCAGUUCCUGGAUCCCGCGACAGCAUCCAUCUGGUAGGGCUUACAUCUCUCCCUGCGGCAGUAAACCGAUCACCCUCACCCAUCCGAUCACCCGUGUCAAGCCAGGGACCCGAAACCAGCCCUCCCACAAGCAACCCAGGGAGCAUGAAGGGCCUCGAGCUGAGCCCCCGCCGUAAACCCCUGGGUAGCCCGACGAGCAUUACCAACCUCAACAUCAGCGUCCCUGGUGGUGAUCUUAACAUUGAGACCAUGAGCCAGGCCUUGAGACGGACAGGUAGUGCCGAUCUCAGCAAUGUCCGAAGUAUCCCUACAAGCCCGAUCGAGUCAUCGAUUCUCCGCUGA